AUACUCAGAACAAUUAUCUCAUCUCAUAUAUCAACAUGGCACAUUUGAUCAACAUCUCGCUUGUCCUUGCUAUAUCCUUCGCGGUUUUACAACUAACGAAUGCCCAUGAUGCAGGAAACUCACAUGAAGACUAUGUGUCGGUUCAUAAUUGUAUCAGGAAAGUGUUGAACUUGCCUCCUUUGGUAUACGACCCAGAAAUGGAGAAAUUCGCCCAAUCUUGGGCCGAUCAAAGGAAAGAUUGUGCAAUGAUCCACUCUGAUAGGUGCGGUGAGAAUAUGGCAUCAGGACCAGACAUGAAUAUUACAUACGGCAUUCAAUUGUGGCUUGAUGAGAGGUUGGACUAUGACUACCCCAAUAACAACUGCAUGAAGAUGUGUGGCCAUUAUACUCAAAUCGUCUGGAAAAACACCCAACGUGUUGGAUGUGCUAGGAGUCAAUGUGCAGAUCCUACUUGUUGGGUGGUUGUUUGCAACUAUGACCCUCCUGGCAACGUCGUCGGCCAAUGGCCUUACUAGAUUUAUAU